AUGACUGAGAUAAAAGCUGCUCCGUUGAGUGAAAAUGGCAAGGAUCUCGUUGAUUCCCUUGUGAAUGAAGAGGGUAAUUACCUCGAAUGGAGCGAAGAUGAAGAGAAAGCGUUGCGCAGAAAACUCGAUUUCUUCCUCAUGCCUCUUCUUAUUUUUGGGCUCUUUGUUCUUCAACUUGAUCGAAGCAACAUUUCCAACGCACUGUCAAACACCAUUGCUGAGGAUCUCCACAUCACAUCCGAUCAAGUCAAUUUCGGGAGCCAGCUUUCCUCGAUCGGGAUAAUCAUCUCCGAGAUUCCUGCAAAUCUGAUUCUACAGAAGUUGGGUGCCUCGGUUUGGUUAACGGCUCAAAUGCUGAUAUGGGGCACCAUUGCUCUUACUCAGACCUGGUGUACGAAUAUCCGUUCCUUUUAUGCAACUCGGUUCCUGCUUGGAUUGUUUGAAGGAGGAUAUCUUCCCGGGGCGCAGUACAUUCUAGCUCUAUUCUAUACUCGGAAAGAGUUAGCACGACGGACUGCAAUAUUUUAUUUCGGCAACUACGGAGCUACUGCUACGGGGUCUCUGAUAGCUGCGGGUGUGCUGCAAAUGGCGGGUAUCCAAGGCCUUUCCGGCUGGCAGUGGCUUUUUCUCUUAGAGGGAACGCUUACGCUGCUGGUUUUCAUGAUAUUCGCGGCGUUUCUUCCUCGAAGCCCGACCCAUACGGCCCUGAUGCAUGGUCGUUGGGAUUUCUUUUCAGAUCGUGAACGGUUCAUUCUUCGGUCCCGCGUCGUAGCAGACGAUGACACCAAAGGUGAUGAUAAGGUUUCGAUAUCUUUGAAACCCGUUCUCCGAGGUCUUGUGGACUACCGACUCUGGAUACAUAUGAUCCUCAACAUCGUCAGCCUUGCCCCAAAAGGUGGGUUGCAACUCUACGGCCCGACUAUUAUCAAGUCCCUGGGAUUUUCGACAGUAAACGCGAAUCUCCUGAAUGCCGUGAGCAGUGUUCUUGUUAUAAUAUUUUCAUACCUGAUUUCGCUCGGGUCUGACAGAACAAACCUCCGAGGACCGUGGUGCAUUAUUGCUUUUACAUGGUCCAUCGUUUUUUCUGGCGCGCUAUUUGGCAUGGCAAGCAGAGGGAGCAAAUGGACCCGGUAUUCGAUAUUUACCUUGCUGGCUGGAGGUAAUGCCUUGGCGCAAGGUCUCAAUGAUGCCUGGGUAAACAUCAACGCAACCAGUUCCAUCAACCGAAGUCUGGGACUUGCCAUGGCUGUCAUGGGAAGUAAUAUCGGAGGCCUUGCAGGCCAACAACUUUUCCGGUCUUCAGAUGCCCCCAUGUAUACCGAAUCCUUUUUGGCUAUCCUGUUACUGUAUAUUGCAUCAAUCCCAGUCACACUGUUGCUCAUGUGGGUAUACUGGCGAAGAAACAAGGCUGAAGUGGAAUCUGCCAGGAGAUCCUCAAUUGCCGUCAGAAGAUUUGAUCUCUAA